AUGCUGCUUCUGGCAACGUUUACUAGAGCAGCAUCCAGAAUAAAGUCGAGGCUGUCGCUCAGACUAGCCAAGAUCAUCGUGGGUCUCCUUCUAGUCAUAAAUGUUUUUGUUUUGUCGUUUUCUCAUUUCUACGGCUACAAACUCAUCCCUGCCAAAUUUCGAGAUUUCAGCAAAUCGUUGAACAACGAUAAUAAUCAUCCCCAGCAACCCAUAUCCAAUACGCCGCCGGCGCCGAGUACGUCGUUUGAAUCCAAGGUUAAAAAGAAGUUCAAACAGGUGGAAGAUGACCCUGAAAGAUUUUGGUUAGCAAAGACAGACAUCACCGAACCAGUGGUUGAUGUGGAAAUAUCUCAUUUUCUUGCAGAAAAGGAGUCGGAAAACAGUUGGGCAAACAAACCACAGCUCUUUUAUGACCCCAGGUUCACAUUUCUGAUGUAUCUUAAUGAAAUUAAACGUCGGUACCGUGAACUUGACCUGUCGGAUGGACCGGUCGAUUCCAACAAAUAUGAUCUCCCCAAGCUCCCUUUCAACUGGGCUGACUGGAUGGACCUUACGGUACUCAACGAGGACCUCUCAAAGCCCCUAGAACAACGUAUGACUUGCGAGAUCAUCCGCUCGUUCACCAAUAAUGAUCCAGACCCUUCGUACUUUUGUUUCAACAACAACAACUACACCGACGACCAAAUCAGUCAAAUGGGGUUCCGCCGACGUGAGCAAUUGCCUGGUUUUGUCAUCCACUCGCAUUCUACUCAUGAUGAUAGACCAUUCAAUGAUAUUCGUAUUCUUGAAAGCAAGUCUUACGCUUUAACUCAACAUCUUCCCAAACCUUAUAAGGUGGUUUUCUUGAAUGGAGACAACAAAGGUGGAACCUAUGAGUUCGAGGUGGACCAAAACAGCAACCAGCGGUUGGCCAGCUCUCCUAUAGUCACCGACUAUAUCAAGUCUAACGGCUUUGAUAUCGAGUCCAUCGACGAACAAACGUUAUUACGUCUUGAUUUGCCCAAGGAAUUUGAGGACUUGAAGUCCAAGGUGACACCACGGUACUUGAAUGAAGACGACGACACCCACAAGAUGUACCAGGUGUUGAGACAGCAGAGCGAUCCCAAGGCAUCUCGUGAAUUAGAACUCACACCAGAAAUGUUCAACUACCAUCUGUCGAUGAUCAAAAAUCAGAUCUAUUUCUAUGAGAACCGCCACGAAAUACCGUUGGACCAGCUUUCUGUCCAAGAAAAACUGUACUAUAAUGGGUUGGUCGAAUGCUCGAAUUACGACGAUAAAACCGAACCCACUUACUUCAAAAUGGCUACUAUCCGUAUCGACGACGAUAGAAACAGAGACCGCGAAUGGGGCUGGCAUUAUGACUGGCGUUUCUUCAAUGGAGCCCUCAACUAUGACAGAAUUGGAUGGACUGAACGAGAACUCACCACCAGAACCAAUAUUAUUCUCGAUCGUCUUUUGAGAAAUUGGAACCGCUUUGCUGAGGAAAAGGGGAUCAUCACCUGGAUUAUGCAUGGUCCGCUACUUUCGUGGUACUGGGAUGGAUUAAUGUUCCCCUUUGACGUAGACAUCGACAUCCAAAUGCCGGCGGUGGAGUUGGCUCGUCUUGCUCGAAGCUAUAACCAAACCUUGGUAGUCGAGGACCCCACAGAAGGCUACGGGCGCUUCUUGAUAGACGUUGGAACAUACAUCCACAAUAGGGGAAUUUCAGAAAAAUCGAAUCAUAUCGAUGCUCGGUUUGUCGAUGUCGACUCAGGCAUAUACAUCGAUAUUACCGGCUUGAGCAAGUCAAAAGCAAAUACUCCCGAGGAGUAUAACGACAAUGGAUUGGCAAACAUAGAAAAGGGUUUCGAGGAUGAUCAGGUUGAAAUUUACAACGACCGUAGAAAGCAUUUCUACAAGCUCGAGCAACUCUCACCACUCAGAUACUCUAUGCUUGGAGGGGUUCCAGUAUUUAUUCCGCUGACUAUCACAGACAGAUUGAUAUUCGAGUACUCCAAGGGAUUGUCCGACUACGAAUUCCACGAUUGGUACUUUGUCAACCGAUUGAAUUUAUGGUUGCGAAAAGAGCAGUUGGCGCCAGUAUUUAACCAGGAAGAAGUAACGGACGAAAAUGGUAUAAAUCGCGACAAAUUGCUCAACAAAGUCACCCACAUGACAGACGACCAGGUUCUCCAGCUCCUAGAGAACGACAACAUACUAACAGAGUAUUAUCUUACAAAAGAGGUUACUGAUUUACACACUAAAGAACGCCAGUAUUUGUUCGAUUCUCUCGGCCGGGAUAACGAGGAGCUCAAAACAAACCCAGAGUUGAGGAAGAAAUACAACGAGUUCACUGCUCAGUUCAAGAUGAGAAAACCUAUUCGAAAAUCUCUCUACGACUACGAAUACUUUGAACGCCUUAAACACCAUUAA